AUGGUUAUGGAGAAAAUUAAUGAAAAUAAUUUGAGAAAUGACGCGUACUGCCCUAAUGGCAUAGACAUUUACUUUGAGAAUGUUGGUGGCAAGAUGCUAGAGGCCGUUCUCAAUCAUGUCAACAAAUAUGCUCGCAUUCCCCUGUGCGGUAUGAUAUCUGAUUACAAUACGCCAUGGACAGAGAGGGAAGGGGUGAGGAACCUACUAAACAUGGUGGGUAAAGAAGUGAUGAUGAAAGGGUUUUUGGUCCGUUCAUACUUGAACCGGUUUGGGGACUUUGUGAAGGAGAUGGAAGGCUACUUCAAACUAGGGAAGAUUAACUCCAAGCACAAGGUUUAUAAUGGGAUAGAGAGCUUCCAGGAGUGCUUUGCCUCCCUCUUCACUAGCUCCAAUGUUGGAAAAGUUGUCAUCCAAAAUAAUGAAUGCUCUUCGUGCUGGGCAGAGCCUCUUUCGUCUUUCAGAAACUCCCUUCAUGUUUUGGCUUUAUCUGUAAGGUGUAUACUCUUGAACUAA